UCUAGCUGCAAGCAAGCAGGAACAGACAUUAACUGACACACUGAAACAAAAAGAAGACAUCAAGUAUUUGUUUUACUCGCUAGGAGAACUAACAGAGAGCGUUUCAUUCUCCAACACUUUGUUUUGUCUCCCCUUUUGAAUGUUGAGGUUGCUCUGGUUGCAAUGGCGUUGCUACACUCAAGGGAGGGGGACUGUUCAGCUAAUGAAUGUAGCAGCCGACAGGAGCUCCACCAUCUAGCAUUCAACGAUUUCUCCCACUUCACUAGGAACUCCUAACAGAAUGUAACUAGGCAUGUCAAAUAGUUGAAUAUCAACUUCAACUUGUGCUGUUUACAACGUGCACUUAAAGCGACCCAAUACACGAAACGACAUUUUAUGUAGCUCGGACCUGUUUUUGCAAACGUGAUUACGCGUUAUCAGGUAGAGUGCACGAGGGGAUUGAGAUUUAAAAUCGGGAGCAUCCCUGCCUGCAACCACCACUGCUAAUCCCCGAUUUGGAGUAUUUCCACACUACAGUGUGGCAUAUUUGAGAUGGAACAUUGGUCGAGCAUAAUCACGCUAAAUAUGCUCAUGUUAGCAUUGUGCUAGCUACCACGCUUAAAGCAGCGGGCCCCACUUCUGUAUUGUAACCAAGCAGUACGACAAAUAACGUUGCUAACAUAACUUACCUCUUUCGUCGUUGCAGUUGUAAUGUUGCUAAUGCCACACAAGUUGCGUAUUUAUCUAAUGCAGACAAAUAGAAGGCAACAAGCUUCUGUUUGAGUGCUUAAACCAAGCGCGACUUUGUCGUCGUCGCUUUACCUGCAACGUAAUGAUGACGUCAUUUGAGAGAGGUCCCUACUGCCCUCUAGCGAAGGACCGUGGGACGUUUAGUGUUGUUGACCAGCAAACAAACCAACAUUGCGUGAAAAAAAAUAUUUUGUGCACGUUUUCAAAAAAAAAAAAAAAACCACCGUCAAAUUGAUUUUAAUAGCGUGCAUUUGUUUAUAUGCCCUCUGCUUUUGGUGAGAGAUUGCUUUUAGAAUUUACACUGCUUUUCAUGCUAAUUUGUGAGAGCGUUUAUUUUGACAAUUCUAUAUACAUAUAAUUGCCACUGCGAGAGUUUGGCUUAAUGUAAUUGUUUUAAGAAAUUAAAAAAAAAAAUGCGCCUGAAACGAGUGUGUUUGUUGCUAAGUGUUUUUAAAUGAAAGUCCAACGAUGUUUUCAAAACAGGAGCUACUUUAUUUACAAAUUCGAUAUACUGUAAAUAUUGGACAUUGAUAUCAAAGUCAAAUAAUUGACUAACACAUUUAGACUUAUUUCUAAUGAAUGGCUGUAUCUUGUCUCACUUUAAUAUCUUUAAUGAAUAUUGUACUGUAUAAAAAAGAAAAAUAAUUAGACUUGAUGUAAAUAGAGUAGAUAACUAAAAAUCUAGAUGAUUAACCAGUGAACAUAAUUCAAAUUGACUUGCAGAUGUCUGCAUUUUUUUAUUUUAACUACUUGAUCAUUUUAUUGAAUUAGUUGUCAUCCAUUUUGAGCUUUAGUUUAUUUUAUAAGUGGAUUUAGGGAUUGUUUUAGUUUAGUGCAUGGCUUCCUUUUUUUUUUUUUUUACUGUCUGCUUUGUUGUGUCACGUUCAACAGACCUCAUUUCAAAGCUUUUUUUCACCAUAAAACACGCAUGAUUGAGGUUCUCAAAUGUCACUGCACGUAUACACAAAGCAUUCAAAGCACAAAAAGAGCAUCAUUUCGUUGAGUCUUCUGUGACAUGGCAUGUUUGUACGACAGGAGGAACUGGCAGUAAUCACGCGCUGGAUCUUCGGUUGUGCGGUGCUGUUGUUUUGUUGCCGUCUAGAUAGGUGCCGGCCGCCUGGAACAUGAGCCCGUCAGUUGUCGCGACGCUGCUACUCAUUCUUGUCCUGUGUUGGCCCUGCAACACUUUUGGAACGUCAAGAACAAUUGUUAUGGACGGUUCCGUUACGAAGUGGGCUGGAAAGAGGCUGAGGCUCGCUGUAAAAGAGAGGGUGGCCAUCUGGCUAGCAUUUGGUACUUCAGAGAGAUGGAGUUUAUAGAGUCACUAUAUAUGAGGGUGGAUCAUUGGAUCGGUUUGUCCCGUAACAACAAUACUGAUGAGUGGAAAUGGAGCGACGGAAGUAUUUACUAUCCCGAGUACUGGGGUACCUUUCAGGCACGCAACGACACGAACUUCCCGCAAUGCAUUGCGUUGACUGCUAGAACGAGAAAAUGGAAAAUUGAUGACUGUCAGGAAAACAAAUAUUUCAUCUGCAAGUACACCCUGGACGUGUGCCUUUGUCCUCCUCCAUGUCGUCCUACUACUACUGCUGCUCCUGCCUUGCAAACAACCACCCGACCUUUGUCCACCACUACCUCCCCUCCUCCUACUUGUCCUCCUUGUGCUUCCUCUGCUCGUCCUUACAUUACUCUUUCCUCCAAACCGAAUACCACCGCCGUGCCGCAAAACAUUUGGGCACCGGAGAUUUGCAAAAUGUCAAUCGAUCAGUCCACAUCGUGUGCCUCAGAUGACCCCACGUGCUCGUGCCUGCUUGCCGUGUUGGCCAACCCAAAUGGUUCGAUCCAAGCUGCAUUCAACGACGGUCUCGGUGUGAAUCGCAGUGUUGUCAUCAGAGGACAGGCCAAUUCCAAUGCAGAGAGGCUCAUCGUCAAGCUGCUUCUGGGCAAAGAAGACGACAACAUGACUGCGCUUCAGCUGAAUUUCCACUUUGGAAACAAAAGCAUUGUGCUCAACUCCCAAGCGGACAAAAAAACUACCCAACAAACCGUGAACGCUUCUCAACCCCACCAGUUUGGACCCGGACUCGACUUCAAGAUUGACAUUCAAUGUGGCAACAACACUUUCAACAUGACCUUGGAUGACAACGUCCAGCUGGCCUUGGAACAUCAACUUAUGAACCUGCGACGCAUCAAGUGGCUGGAAGUUUGGCACGUGCUGCUGAGUUCCGUCCAGCUGAUGUGACAAAAGUCCAAAUUUCUUUCAGCACUCACUACUGCCACUGUCUGGUAUCAACCAGCGAUAGGGGUAAUGCGUUAUUGUAAUGUAUUUAUGAAUUACUCAAUGAAUCUUUGCAAUGUUAGUCGUCGGAUCUCCUUACAUUUUUAGGACCACACUACAACUUUGAUCACAAGUUUUAUAACCAAAUGAAAAACAUUAAAAAAAACUGAGCAAUUUGAAAAACAUAAAACAUUGAGCCACUUAAGGCUGAUUUAAAAGAGUGACAUUUGUGUCACUUGUAAGUUUGUGUUGAAUAUUUGUAAUAUUGCAUGUUAUAUCCACAAUAAAAUUCAAUAAGGCAAGUCUA